CCAUAAUCGAAUACUGCCGAUCGGGUGUUGCGGGCAUUGUAUUACUUCGAGCGCGAAGGCCCUGUUGCACGAGCCCCAGAACUUAUAGCUGCCGGGUUGGGUUCGACUGACACCAAAACCAAAAACGGCCGCACAACGAACGACAACAACCAAAGAAACAAAACGAUGAUGAAAUACUUCGGAAUGCACGCCCUCGGGAGCUUCCUGUUCUCGGCCCUGCUGCCCCCCCGCGACGGCGGCGACGACGCCGAGGCGGGCUUCUACGAGGUCCUCGGGGUGGAACCAACGGCCACCGACGAGGAACUCCGCAGGGCCUACCGCAAGCUCAGCCUGAGGCUCCACCCGGACAAGAUCGCCCAGCGCGGGGGCGACGCCUCCGCCAGGGAAAAAGCCGCCGCCGAGUACGAGAAGAUCCAGGAGGCCUACCACGUCCUGGUCGACGGGGACAAGCGGAACCGGUACGAUGUCCUCGAGACGCCGGAACGGUACCGGUUCGUCGAACGGGGGGCCUUUGCGGAUCCCCCGUCGCUCUACGCCAACCUGACCAGCGCCCCGGCGAGGGACAAGUCGCGCCUGGUCGGGCUCUACCUGGCGGCGAUCCUCCUGGUCCUCCUGCAGCCCAUCCUCGUGGCCGCCAAGAUCAACCAGGUGCUCGCCGAGCGGGGGCCCCUGGCGGACGCCUCGUGGUUCGCGGUCCUGGUCCCGUACUGGAUCUUCGGGGGCCUGGGGAUCGUCCUGGCGGUCGCAGCGGCCUUUUUGGUGCCGGUGGAAAGCCGGGUCACGAUGGGUCUGAUGGCCCUGGAACAGUUCGGUUGGUACCUGGCCGUUGUGUUUCUGUGGUACGUACCGAAUCGUUCUUGCCGCGGGGUUUCCAACACGCGUGCAGCACCGGCCUGCCGGCCCCACCGAUUCGAACUCUCAUCCCGAUUUUUGUUUUGGUUGCCUUCCCGAUGCGUCUUGGUUCAGCCUCAGGUGGGACGGAACGUGGGACGACUCGGUGCCCUACCGCCAGGUGUUUGUCCCGGUGUACAUGGCGAUGAUUGUGAGGUGGUCCCGUUCGUGUAAGUAUCGAACCGUACCGCACGAGUGGAAUGAAACUAGCAAGUGGUGCUACAGAAUUGCAUCGAUUCCUGUGUGUAUCUGGGGCUUGGACUGCGCGCACUCUUGUGUACCGCACAGCAUACACUGCCUUUCGUUUCUCAACUUUUUUACUCUCUCGUGACGAAAACCUUUCCAUCGACGUAUUUGAUACCGAAUCUUUCAGUUUUGACUCUGCACAAAAUUCGGAAGGAUGUCAACCGAAUGGUCACUUCGGACUAUAUAGAAAACGAAUUCUUGAAAGGAAGAUCCAUGGAAGACCUUCCAGAAGACGAACAGAAGGACCUGAAGGAAGCCUUUCUGGUGGUUUCCGUGGAACCGGAAUUCGAGCCAACCGCUCCGGAUCUGACUGCCGAAGAACUCGAGGAGGAACAGGUGGAGUCGUCGCCGGAGUACCGGAGCGCAAUGGAAAUCUACGGCGAAACAUUCUACAGCCUGUUGCGUUCCCUGGUCUAUGGGGUGACCUUUCUAGUUCUGCUGACCCUAAAGCUGGACGACCGUCUGGGCGAUGGCGCGAGCUGGUGGGCCGUCUUCGCCCCACUCUUUAUCGAGCGCGGAACCCGCUUGGCGAAACUCUUUUCUAAGUGCGUUUGCGGUGGCAUCGCCGGAGAAGAGGUUGUCGUGUAUGCGGGGUCCGGUGUUCCUGCCGGGGAUGGGGACGGUAGCGAUGGCGAUGAGGGCUUCGCUACAAUGGAGGAAGGAAAGAACGACGAGACAUCAACCACCGAGAACAAGGACGAUGCAAACAAUCUGCCGAGCGGCGCAAGUGCCGGAGAGGAGAGUCCCCUGGAGGCAUAUGCAACUGUAGAAGAAGGUGCAGGAAACGCGACCGGAAGUUCAACAAUGAAACAACAAAUUAACGAACCCACAGCAUCUACAUCGGACGAGAGUCCGGAAGGAGGACGGACGGAAGGCCUCCCUCACAAUAUCCAAUCCGAAGGCGGCGCCGAAGACGACGAUUUUUUUGUCGACGAAGACACCUACCAGCAGUGGGAGAGCGCCUACGAAGAAGCAACUGCCGAUGCCAAGAACGAAAUGGCCAACGCCUGCUCCGACUCGUGCGGUAUCGUGUUCCAGAUCAUAAUACUCUGUCUGGUGGUCGCCAAGAUCGAGCAGAGCUACGACGGCGCAGACCCGGACGACACCGGGUUCAGCGUAUUUUGGAUUCUCUUUCCCUUCUUCCUGAUCUUUGGAUUGACGGGCUGUUGCUGCGCGAUGCUGAUCUUCGGAGCGGAACCCGACACGCUGGGCGGGGAGACAAAUGAGGCGGAGGGCGACCCAGAGAAUCCUCCGGUGCAAAGCGGCAGCGAGGAGGGCGAUGCCGUAGUCGUGCCUGCCGAAGCAGACGAACCGGUUGUCGAGGCCACCGCCACAGAGAUUGGGAAUGCUGGCGACGCCGAAGCCGCCGCAGAAACCAAUCCGGCGGAUCCUCCGUCCGGAGGUGAUAUGGACGAUCUGGAUUGAAGGAGGCGUACCGUGUAUCAGUAAGAGUUCGAGAAAGAAACCAACAAACGUUUU